CUGCCUCACAUUUGUAACACCCUCGCUCCUUCCGGUCAUUCGUUCCAGGGGAGGAAUGACACCAGCAUUUCUGAGCUGUUCUUGUGUUUUCUCCCAGAACAGUCAGGGAAAGCAGACUUCGUGAUCUCCAUGCUAACCACCAGCCUGCUUGCUGCCAGUCCUCCCUACUUCUGCCAGUGAUGACAUUCAGCUUGCUCCUCCACACAGGAUACAGCACUGAUUCCUCAUUAUGUAAGGCAGUCUAGGUCAAGUGUAGGAGAGACACUGCUGGCCUGAGCAAGCUAGUGGAUUGCUCCCUCAGCUUCAUGGGGUCUGGAAGCUGGAUCCUGAUCUUUGCUACAUCUUCUUGGUAUUUUCCUAUGCAGAAGAAUAAAUGGUAAUUAAAAUGUGCAGGAUGAAAAGAUGGAGCAGUCAGUGCUUGUACCACCAGGACCAGACAGCUUCCAAUACUUCACUAGAGAGUCUCUUGCAGCUAUUGAACAACGCAUUGCUGCAGAGAAAGCUAAGAAUCCUAAACAAGAUCGUAAAGACGAUGACGAAAAUGGGCCAAAACCAAACAGUGAUUUGGAGGCAGGAAAAACCCUCCCGUUUAUAUACGGCGACAUACCUCCAGGAAUGGUGUCUGAGCCCUUGGAAGACAUGGACCCAUAUUAUAUCAACAAAAAAACCUUUAUAGUAUUGAAUAAAGGGAAGGCAAUCUUCCGAUUCAGUGCCACCUCUGCCCUGUACAUUUUAACUCCCUUCAAUCCUCUUAGAAAAAUAGCUAUUAAAAUUUUGGUACAUUCAUUAUUUAGCAUGCUUAUCAUGUGCACUAUUUUGACCAACUGCGUAUUUAUGACCAUGAGUAACCCUCCAGACUGGACAAAGAAUGUAGAGUAUACGUUCACUGGAAUUUACACAUUUGAGUCACUAAUAAAAAUCAUUGCAAGGGGCUUUUGCUUAGAAGAUUUUACUUUUCUUCGGGAUCCAUGGAACUGGCUUGAUUUCACUGUCAUUACCUUUGCGUAUGUAACAGAAUUUGUAAACCUAGGCAAUGUUUCAGCUCUUCGAACUUUCAGAGUAUUGAGAGCUUUGAAAACUAUUUCUGUAAUUCCAGGCCUGAAGACUAUUGUGGGAGCCCUAAUUCAGUCUGUGAAGAAGCUCUCAGAUGUGAUGAUCCUGACUGUGUUUUGUCUGAGUGUAUUUGCACUGAUAGGGCUGCAGCUGUUCAUGGGCAACUUGAGGAAUAAAUGCCUGCAGUGGCCUCCAGAAAACUUUACUUUGGAAACAAAUAUAACUUCCCAGCUUAACAGCACCAUAGCUGAAAAUGGUACACUGGUUAAUUCAACGGUGACUCCGUUUGACUGGAAGGGGUACAUUGAAGAUGAAAGUCAUUUUUAUUUUCUGGAAGGCCAAAAUGAUGCUCUGCUUUGUGGAAAUAGUUCUGAUGCUGGGCAGUGCCCAGAAGGAUAUACAUGUGUGAAAGCUGGUAGAAACCCCAAUUAUGGGUACACAAGUUUUGACACCUUCAGCUGGGCUUUCUUGUCACUAUUUCGCUUGAUGACUCAAGACUUCUGGGAAAACCUUUAUCAGUUGACCCUGCGUGCUGCUGGGAAGACAUACAUGAUAUUUUUUGUUCUGGUGAUUUUUCUGGGCUCUUUCUAUCUGAUCAACUUGAUCCUGGCUGUGGUUGCCAUGGCCUAUGAAGAACAGAAUCAGGCAACCUUGGAAGAAGCAGAGCAGAAAGAGGCAGAAUUUCAGCAGAUGCUGGAGCAACUGAAGAAGCAACAAGAAGCAGCUCAGGCAGCAGCAGUGGCAGCAGCAGCAGUAACAGCAUCUGCAGAGUCCAGGGAGCCCAGUGCUGGAGGAGAAGCAGGAGGGCUCUCCGAAAGUUCCUCAGACGCAUCAAAAUUGAGCUCAAAGAGUGCAAAAGAGAGGAGAAAUAGAAGGAAAAAAAGAAAACAGAAAGAACAGUCUGGAGGAGAGGAAAAGGAUGAGGAUGAAUUUCACAAGUCUGAGUCAGAAGACAGCAUCAGAAGGAAAGGUUUCCGAUUGUCUAUUGAAGGCAAUAGACUGACAUAUGAAAAGAAGUAUUCUUCUCCACAUCAGUCUUUGCUGAGCAUUCGCGGCUCCCUCUUCUCCCCAAGGCGCAACAGCAGAACAAGUCUUUUCAGCUUCAGAGGUCGAGCAAAGGAUGUUGGAUCAGAAAAUGACUUUGCUGAUGAUGAGCACAGCACUUUUGAAGACAACGACAGCAGAAGAGACUCUCUCUUUGUGCCGCGCAGACACGGGGAACGGCGCAACAGUAACAUUAGUCAGGCCAGUAGGUCAUCCAGGAUGCUGGCAGUGUUUCCAGUGAACGGGAAGAUGCACAGCACUGUGGAUUGCAAUGGGGUGGUUUCCCUGGUUGGUGGACCAUCUGUUCCUACAUCGCCUGUUGGACAGCUUCUGCCAGAGGUGAUAAUAGAUAAACCAGCUACUGAUGACAAUGGCACCACGACAGAAACAGAAAUGAGGAAGAGAAUAUCAGGCUCUUUUCACGUUUCUAUGGACUUCCUGGAAGACCCAGCUUUAAGGGAGCGAGCCAUGAGUAUUGCUAGCAUCCUCACAAACACUGUGGAAGAACUCGAAGAAUCAAGACAGAAAUGUCCACCAUGUUGGUAUAAAUUUGCAAAUAUUUUCUUGAUCUGGGACUGCAGUCCACAUUGGCUAAAAGUAAAACAUAUUGUCAACUUAGUGGUAAUGGACCCAUUUGUUGACCUGGCUAUUACAAUUUGCAUUGUUUUAAAUACACUCUUUAUGGCCAUGGAACAUUAUCCAAUGACCGACGAAUUCAAUAAUGUGCUUUCAGUUGGAAAUCUGGUCUUCACUGGAAUCUUCACAGCGGAAAUGUUUCUCAAGAUAAUUGCAAUGGAUCCUUACUAUUAUUUCCAGGAAGGCUGGAAUAUUUUUGAUGGUUUCAUUGUAACCCUUAGCUUGGUUGAGCUUGGUCUUGCAGAUGUGGAAGGACUAUCAGUUCUUCGAUCAUUCAGAUUGUUGCGAGUUUUCAAAUUGGCAAAAUCUUGGCCAACUCUAAAUAUGCUGAUAAAAAUUAUCGGUAAUUCUGUGGGAGCUCUGGGGAAUCUGACCCUGGUGCUGGCCAUCAUUGUGUUCAUUUUUGCUGUAGUCGGGAUGCAGCUGUUUGGGAAAAACUACAAGGAAUGUGUCUGCAAAAUUGCAAGUGACUGUGUCCUUCCACGCUGGCACAUGCAAGACUUUUUCCACUCUUUUUUGAUUGUAUUCCGAGUGCUGUGUGGAGAAUGGAUAGAAACGAUGUGGGACUGCAUGGAGGUUGCUGGCCAAGCCAUGUGCCUUACAGUCUUCAUGAUGGUCAUGGUGAUUGGAAACCUGGUGGUACUGAACCUAUUUUUGGCCUUGCUCUUGAGUUCAUUUAGUGCGGACAACCUUGCUGUGACAGACGAUGAUAAUGAAAUGAAUAAUCUCCAAAUUGCUGUAGCAAGAAUGCAGAAAGGCAUAGAUUAUGUGAAAAGAAAAGCACGUGAAUUCAUCCAAAAAGCUUUUGUUAAAAAACAAAAAGCUUUAGAUGAAAUCAAGCCACUUGAAGAUCUGAACAACAAAAAUAGCUGUAUUUCUAACCAUACAACUGUGGAACUGAGCAAGGACCAUGAUUAUAAUAAAGAUCCAAAUGGAACCACCAGUGGUAUAGGCACAGGCAGCAGCGUGGAAAAAUACAUAAUUGAUGAAAGUGAUUACAUGUCAUUCAUAAACAACCCAAGCCUCACUGUGACAGUGCCCAUUGCUGUGGGUGAAUCCGACUUUGAAAAUCUAAACACAGAGGAGUUUAGUAGUGAGUCAGACCUCGAAGAAAGCAAAGAGAAGUUAAAUUCAUCUAGUUCAUCUGAAGGUAGCACAGUUGAUAUUGGACUUCCUGCAGAAGAACAACCAGAAGCUGAACCUGAAGAAGCCCAGGAGCCAGAAGCCUGCUUCACAGAAGGCUGUGUAAGAAGGUUCAAGUGCUGUCAAGUAAGUAUAGAAGAAGGGAGAGGAAAGCAGUGGUGGAACCUUAGAAAAACCUGCUUCAGGAUUGUCGAACACAACUGGUUUGAGACUUUCAUUGUCUUUAUGAUUCUCCUCAGCAGUGGAGCUCUGGCUUUUGAAGACAUAUAUAUUGAACAACGAAAAACUAUCAAGACCAUGCUGGAAUAUGCUGACAAGGUCUUCACUUACAUCUUCAUAUUGGAAAUGCUGCUGAAGUGGGUGGCCUAUGGCUACCAAACAUACUUUACUAACGCCUGGUGCUGGCUGGACUUCCUGAUUGUCGAUGUCUCUUUGGUUAGCUUAACAGCAAAUGCAUUGGGUUACUCUGAACUUGGUGCCAUUAAGUCCCUUAGGACACUAAGAGCUUUGAGACCUCUAAGAGCUUUGUCACGAUUUGAAGGCAUGAGGGUGGUUGUGAAUGCCCUUUUAGGAGCAAUUCCAUCCAUCAUGAACGUGCUUCUCGUUUGUCUUAUAUUCUGGCUAAUUUUCAGCAUCAUGGGAGUAAAUCUGUUUGCUGGGAAGUUCUACUACUGUGUUAACACCACAACUGAUGAAAGGUUUGAAGUCGACCAAAUCAACAAUUUUAGUCAGUGCGAGGAACUCAUAAAAAACAAUCAAAGUGCCCGAUGGAAAAACGUGAAAGUAAACUUUGAUAAUGUAGGAUUUGGGUAUCUUUCUUUACUUCAAGUAGCUACAUUUAAAGGCUGGAUGGAUAUUAUGUACGCAGCUAUUGACUCAAGAGACGUAUUACAGCAACCCAAGUAUGAAGACAACCUGUACAUGUAUUUGUAUUUUGUCAUCUUUAUUAUUUUUGGGUCUUUUUUCACCCUGAACUUGUUCAUUGGUGUCAUUAUUGAUAACUUCAAUCAGCAAAAGAAGAAGUUUGGAGGUCAAGACAUAUUUAUGACAGAAGAGCAGAAGAAAUACUACAAUGCAAUGAAAAAGCUGGGAUCCAAAAAACCACAAAAACCUAUACCAAGACCAGGGAAUAAAUUCCAAGGCAUGGUCUUUGAUUUUGUGACACAGCAAGUAUUUGACAUCAGCAUCAUGAUUCUUAUUUGUCUUAACAUGGUUACCAUGAUGGUAGAAACCGAUGACCAGAGUAAAGAAAUGGAAAAUAUUUUAUACUGGAUAAACCUGGUGUUCAUUGUUCUUUUCACUGGAGAAUGUGUCCUGAAAUUAAUUUCACUUCGCCAUUACUACUUCACUAUAGGCUGGAACAUUUUUGAUUUUGUAGUUGUCAUUCUCUCAAUAGUAGGAAUGUUUUUAGCUGAGAUGAUUGAGAAGUACUUCGUGUCCCCCACUCUAUUCAGAGUCAUCCGACUUGCCAGAAUCGGUCGAAUCCUGCGCCUCAUUAAAGGCGCCAAGGGAAUCCGCACUCUGCUUUUUGCUUUGAUGAUGUCUCUUCCUGCUCUGUUCAACAUUGGUCUGCUGCUCUUCCUGGUCAUGUUCAUCUAUGCCAUAUUUGGCAUGUCCAACUUUGCCUAUCUCGCCCCAAUCCUGAACAGUGGGGAGCCCGACUGUGACCCUAACAAGGCUCAUCCGGGGAGCUCUGUGAAAGGUGACUGUGGCAACCCUUCUGUUGGGAUCUUUUUCUUUGUCAGCUACAUCAUCAUCUCCUUUCUGGUAGUGGUGAACAUGUACAUUGCUGUGAUUUUGGAGAACUUUGGUGUUGCUACCGAAGAAAGUGCUGAACCUUUGAGUGAGGAUGACUUUGAGAUGUUCUAUGAGGUCUGGGAGAAAUUUGAUCCCGAUGCAACACAAUUCAUGGAAUUUGAGAAACUGUCUGAUUUUGCAGCAGCACUUGAGCCUCCUCUUCAUUUACCCAAACCAAACAAAGUGCAGCUCAUUGCGAUGGAUCUGCCCAUGGUUAGUGGUGACAGGAUUCACUGCCUUGACAUCCUGUUUGCUUUCACAAAGCGUGUUUUGGGGGAGAGUGGAGAGAUGGAUGCCCUCAGAAUACAGAUGGAAGAUCGGUUUAUGGCAUCCAAUCCUUCAAAAGCUUCCUAUGAACCAAUUACGACUACAUUAAAAAGAAAACAGGAGGAAGUAUCUGCUGUUAUUAUCCAGCGUGCUUUCAGACGUCACCUUUUAAAACGAACAGUAAAACAAGCCUCCUUUAUCUAUAACAAAAACAAAACCGAAGGAGGGGCUGAUCAGGGUAUGAAAGAUGAAAUCCUUAUUGACAAGUUAAAUGAAAACUCAUUUACAGAGAAAACUGAUAUAACUGCAUCAACAGCAGUUUGUCCACCUUCUUAUGAUCGUGUAAUGAGGCCAGUCAAAGAAAAGCAUGAAAAGGAAGAUAAAGAUGGUCAGAAAUAAAAAUCAUAGAUGUGCAAAAUAGUUCAUAGCCUGUAAGGAUCAUGUGUUUAUGUCAACAGGACUCCUGAAGGAGGUCUAUGCCAAACUGACAGUUUUUACAAAUAUACUGUACACUAAAGGUCAGUGCCUAUUAAAAGACAGUGACCCCUUGUCAGUGACUGUGACUGUGAUAAGAGGAAACAACUGUGACAGGAGGUUACUGUUCUCACUACCAGCUGACACUGCUGAAGAGGAGAGAAAAAAUGGCUACACAGACUGUAGGGACCAGUUAAAGGGGUGCAAAACCAAGUCUUUGUGUGUUUAGCAUAAAACAAUAUGGUAACUGUAUCCACUGUUUGCAUUUCAACUGCCACAUACUUCAUAUUUUUACAAAAUCUGUGUUGGUGGAUUCAUCUUGUUUUUAUUCAUAUGUUGUUUAUUAUAUGUGACUAUUUUUGUAAAUGGGGCUUCUGUUGGGGAAAGGGAUUAAGUACACCUUUACAGGUACAAGGGCCAGAUGUUCUAUUAUACAACUAAUAUACACAAAGAAAUUAUCUGCAUGAAGGCAUGCUGCACUUAUAGAUCAUGCAUGAAAAUAACAUUAAGUCACAAAGAAAAACAGGGUUUUUAGCAUAGUGUUUUCAGAAAGGAAUAACAGAUUUUGAGGUGCUUAAUCAAUGUAUUCAUGUUGUAUCAUCUCCAAACAAGUCUUGGUAUGCCUGUAAAGUCCCCUACAACUCACAAGAAUAGUAGAGAUGGUUUAUUUUUUGCACAAACCAUUAAGUUUCAAAAAGUGCAAACUUCUUUCUAGGUCUGGAGUCACAGAUUUUGUCUUAGUCAAAUGUCUUUCUGCAUACAAAUACGAAAUGAAUCUGCCUCAGCCCUCCAAAUUGAUCAAAAGGAGCCCUUUAUAAAGUUGUUCUGCUUUAUCCUGCAGUAUUGUUUAGCCAUCUUCAGCUCUCAGUAAGGUUGAUGUUGUUGUACACGUUAACGAAAAGCCCUCUGCUAUGUAAAUAAUAAUUUUUAACCUGUGGUGCAUGUUUGAGCAAACAGAUAAUGACUUCAGCACAUUUAUUGCAUCAAAUAUGUACCACAAUAAGUGUAGUGUGCAAGCGUUCAACAGGUAAAAUUACGUAUUAUCUACCAUUAUAGAUAGUUUGGAUGCAAUCAAUGCAUGUUUAUAUUGCCUAUGCUGCUGUUCCUUUGACUGUCCAGGAUUCUUAAACAUGGAAAGCCAUACAUCUGAGCUAAGUGAAAUAAACAAGACCUCAUUCCUCCAUACCAUUAAGCAAUAUUUUGCAGCUAUUUAGGAGCUUAUUUGUUUUACAUUUCUGAAUUUUCAGUGAAAAGCAUAUAGUGUAUAUCCAAACUGUACAGACAUGUUGAAAAUUACUAAACCUGUUGAAAAUAAUGUUAGGAUUUUAUAAGCAAAUAUAAAUACUGUAAAAAUCAUUUUAUUUUAUUUUUCAGCAUUAUGUACAUAAAACAAGAACUGAAUUUUAUCUUCAGGUUGAUGUCACACCAUUUUUGUUACUUUUUGUCCAUAACACUUUUUCACCGAAGAACUCCAGAGAACAAGAUACAACUAAGUGAAUGGAUAGCUGUAGGUUCUUAUUUUUACAGUAUUUGCCAACAUGUCAAUACUUUCUGCAAAGUAAGUUCAUAAUUUGCUUCUAAAAACUAAGGUUUUUUGCAGUUGGGAAAUGGUCUAAAGUUCAAACUGAAUGUCUAAGCAGUGCCUGCAUUCAUAAGUUUUCAGAUACAACCUUUCUUUCACAGAAUCCUUAAUCUUUUCUCAUAGUUACUCACAGAUUUUCUUUUAUAUUCAUGCUGCACUAGAACAGCUUAAAAUGUUAUCUAGGGUCCACAAUAUUUUUUCACAAAGAGAAAGUAGCAAAAUUGUAUAAUCCAACACAUCAGGACAUUUUAUGUUUCUUACACAGGAAAAUUAAAUAUAGAUUACUUUUAUUAAAAUUAACUAACUCUGUAUUAGUGAACUGCAUGCAGGAAAAUGCUACUAUUACCCUAACUGAUGCUAAAGAACAUUAUUAAUGCGCCAAAAUAAUAAAGAUUACAUUUUUUAUUGUA